AUGGAUUCAGCAGCUGUACGUGAGGUGCAAGAGUUGCUACGCAAACACGCUGCGAACGACUCGACCGCACUCUAUGGCGGCUCAACGACGCUCCCAAAUGGCAAUCGAUCCUUUCAGUUUCGCGUGAAAGGGCCGAGGACUUGCUAUCUUGGAAGCAACCACAAUGGUUCGAACAACUUUACGGUGAUUCAAGGAUGCGCUGGGGACUUUCAAGAGGUCUACUAUCGAUGUUUUGGAACGGCAUGUUCCGGCCAGAGCACCAAACUUCUUGGAAAGUUGAGCAUCGCCGCAGCUUUUGAGCAAGUGGGGGUGGUGGAGUUUGGAAUAAGAGAUGGUGCGGUGAGUUGUGCAAGCACGUUAAAUGCACGGCUGCCUCAUCCGUUCUUGGAGGCAAAUGUAGGCCGGAGCGACUGGGGUGCCGCUUCGAUAUUUGCCAACCUCUUCGAGCACGACAGGCGCGUAGUCUAUGAUGCGGGGGUGUUCUGGACGUGGAAUGGGGUGGCGUGGGUGCAAUGCGAUUCAGACGCCACGGAGAUCAAGAGCGCUUUCAUGUACCACAUGGGUAGAGUGAAAGCGUAUUGGCUCAACAAUCUAACGACUAUGUGUAAUGAAGAGCUCGACAAGGCCAAAUUAACAAUGGCUGCAGGGUUGGAGAGUCUUCGAGCAGCUCAAGAGCAUGCGGAACAGCUGUCGGAAGAAGACGUUCGCAAAAAAAAGAGCAAUGAAAGGGCGAUCUUGAAGGCCUUUCAGCAAAGUAAACAAGGCAAGACGAGGCUCGUCGCAAUGCUCUCAGGGGCAAUCGGCCCAUAUUGCGUCACCAUGGAUAGAGAUUGCGUCAUCGGGGCCGGCUCUCGCUCGGAGGGCGCAGCAACGCCGCAUCUUGUGACGCUAGAAGGCGCGCACGUAGCCGUCUUAGAGGAGACCAAGGACGAAGACUCGUAUAACGCUGCAAACCUCAAGUCCAUUGCCUCUGGCAAUGGAGCCAUGACCGUUCGGGGGCUGCACAUGAAGCCGAUCGAAGUCAACAUGCGUUGUCUACCUAUCAUCUGCACAAACGCUCUUCCUAAGUUCAAUGUAAGCGAUUCGGGGACACUGAAGAAGCUUCGCGUCUUUCCAUUUACUCGCGAGUUUGUCGAUAAGCCUCGCCCAAACACGAACGAACGGCUUAUUGAUUCCGACUUGGUCGACAAGAUCAACACUUCAGAGUGGAGAAAGCAGAUGCUUGCUUGGCUUGUUCGCGGAAGUAUGGCGUGGUAUGCAAAAGGCGGCCUUCCGAAUGUGGAAGAGCUACCUGAAGCCAUGCAACGUGCUCUCGACGGCUAUAUAAAAGCCAACGACCACUUCAACAACUUUAUCGUGGACCAUUGUAUCCUUCGUGAGGGCAAGGUGUGUCAUGUAGACGUUCUCAAACAGGCAUACGAGAACUAUAUUGGAAGACGCGACCGUCCCAUGAUCGUAACAGAGUUCAAGGUCCUCAUGAAAGGCCUGAAGGGUGUCACUUAUGAAAAGCAAAUCAAGUUGCGAGGGCGGAAUACAACCGGGUACAGAGGCAUAUGCUUAAGUUACGCCGCUGAUGACGCGGAAAUCUCAAAGGACUGA